UCACUCUGCCAAUCCUCGGUUUGAAACCGAGGACGAUGUUGAGUGACCAGUCGCGAAGAGCAUGGUGGCCUAAAAUUGGAAAACAUUUAAUUACACACUAAUAAAAUGAGUGAACAUGCGAAGUUAGAGGCUAAAGGAGAUCAGAAGGAGACAAAGGAAAAAACAAGGAAUGCUACUGAGGAAUCUGCAACAGAGGUUAUUCCCAAAACUGAGACAGAUGACAAGGAAGCUGAGGAAAGUGAUGUUAUAGUCGAAAAUGAAACAGAAGAUGGCUACAGAUCUGAUAGAUCAGCUUCAGACGAUGGAAGUACAGAUGCAGUAACAGAACGGAAGAGAGAGAAAGGUUCAAGUGGGUAUGAGGAAAGUGGUGAAGAGGAAGAAGGCAUAUCAGAAAUAUCAGAAGGUCGCAGGGAAAAACGGGAAGAAGAGGAAGAUGAAUAUGACAAAGAAGCCACUGGGGAUGCAUCAAGCGGUGAUGAUAUUAGUGAAGGUGUGAAAGAAGAUGGUUCUGAAGGUUAUGAGGAGGAUACAGAAGAUGAAGAAGAAAGUAGAAAAGAAGAUGGAGCUGAAGGAGAUGAUGAAGAGGAACAACUUGAAGAUGAAGUCGAAGAUGUCAAAAGCGCGUCAUUUGUGCCAAGGAGAACUGGUUUUUGGGGACAUGAUGAUCGACAUGAUACUAAGCCUAUAGAGGAAUCAAAAUACCCGAGACGUGGAAAGAAUCGGCAGCUAUGGGAUAAAACGUCUGAAAGGUGGGAACAUGAUAUGUUCAAGGAGGAGAUGCAAGGCCCAAAAGAGUCAUGGGAGAUUGAAGAAUCGUUAAAAGAGCUAGAGCAUCGACAGUCAAACAGAAAUCGGAGGCAGUUUGGGGAUUUCGUCGGUAAUCGACGACGUGGCGGUAGUCGUGGAAGACGACAGCAAAGAGCAGAAAGAGAGGUUGGAGACGACGAUUCGCCUGAUUUCAGGGAAGAACGAGACAAUGAACGGCGAGAGGUGCAACCAAGGGGAAGAGGACGUGCCCCACGUUUAAGAGGAAGACCCAGAGGAAGAGCCUCAUUUAAAGGAGAAAGAAGGCAUGGUAGGAUGGACGAAGGCUACGGACAGGGAGAAAGGAUAAUGGAUACAAGGCAAGAAGAAGUAGAGGAUAAGCAGGAAGAAGAGAAGACAGUGUCUAAAUCGGUAGAUGAUGCGGAUGGAAGGAUGCCAGCUGUUGAGGAGAAUCAACAAGACCUGAAACACCAGCAGAAUGAUGACGAUAAAGCUAAACAAUUGGAGCAGCCAAAAGAACAUAACAGACAAAGGAAGACCCCUCCAAGAAGGACACAAGUUGGUCAAAAAGACAAAGCGAAUGAUAGCCAAGAUCCUAAAGGGCGUGCCAAGGGAGUUACGUCACAAAAGGUAUCAACUGCAAAGAAGAUGGCAACAGAAUUUAAUGUUGAAAAGAAGCCGACUCCAGACGACGAGGAGGAAGAAGAUCAGAAGCAGGAAGUCCACGCUGAUGAAUCGAAGAAAAAUCAUCCUGCGGCUAAACCAAAGCGGUAUUCAUCGCAGAGGCAACGAGGCAACGCUUCAGAAGAUGCGCAGUAUCAAAACCAGGUUGAAUCAACUAUUCAAGAGGGAGAGUACUUUAACCAAAUGUCCCCACAAGAUCUUCAAAGAUUGCAGUUCCAGCAAAACUCAAUGGCCAUGUUACAGUACCAAAUGCAACAGAUGCAAGCGCAGCUACAAAGCAUGCAAACACAGGGAUACGACGGUGCACAAGGAGCUCAAUCGCAGCAACAACAAGGACAUAUUCCCCCUAACCAAGGCAAUUUAAUGAUGACACCGGUCAUGCAGCAAUAUCUCCUGCAGAUGCAGGCACUUCAACAAAUGCAGCAACAGCAACAUCAACAACAGCAUCAACAAGAGCAACAGCAACAACAACAACAGCAGCAACAAAUGCAGCAGCAACAACAACAAAUGCAGCAACAACAACAGAUACAGCAACAACAGCAGCAGCGUUUGCAAGAAGUGAACAUGAAUCAAUCAAUGUCAACAGAAAAGCAACAAGCAUCGCCAGAUCGAGGAGGAAUAGUUGUCCAAGGAAACGCGUAUACAGCAGUACCUAAUAACAUCGGACAAUUCGGCGUUGUUCCGCAUCCACCCCCCGGAAUUUACUCGCAAGCAGGAACACGAUAUGAAAAUCCUUACGAGCAAAUGAUGUCAACAGGGCCUCCUCCGCAACAACAACCUGGCCUAUUUAUACCACAGAUGCAUCAAAUGCCAACUCAGCUGAUGCAGAUGCAAGAUCCGCAACGGAAAAUGAGAUCCGCUGCAAUUCCUAUUAAACCGCCUCCAGAGCAACAAGAAUCAUAGCGAGAUAAACAGAACGUAAUUGCAGCUGGUGGAAGUCGUUAUGCAACUGAACUGGCUCGUUAUAAUGCAGUCACCAUGCGGCUUAGCUGUCUACGCUAUUUGCGGGUUUAGCAUGGUCUGGAUAUGAUGAGGGCUAACAUUGCAUUUAAUUUUUAUCUCAUAGCAACCAGAGCGCAGAACUAUUUUCAAACUAGCUAGUACAUCAAAUAUAUAUUUUUGGAAGUUUCAAGUUGUUUAUCUAUUAUACUACGAGCUGGGUCCAAUUUAUUCGAGACCCAAAGCAACAGCGCGACAUACUUGUUAAUGAAAAAAGCUUUUUGUUUUUCUGUCACUUAAUGGCCUAAUGAUAAAUGUCUGUAUAACCAUGCUGAAUUUAGAAAUAAUGAAUAAUCCACAACGAUUUCGUUUUAAUCUCGCAAGGAAUUCGGAUCCUUUCCGCUAAAAUUAUAUAAGUCUUCUCAUUAAACUGUUCCUUAGAUUCAAGGCAAACUUUUGUGAAAUCGAUUUUGCAUUUGGAUAUUGCAAGGAACUCGCAAUGAAAUUCUC